AUGUGGCGCCCCAGCGGACUAUCAAGUAUUUUCCUGGCAACCUGCCUCGGUGUAGCUCUUUGGAGCACAACCGCGAGCGCUGAGUUCGACUUUCCGGCUGCAAACUUGAGGUCGAUCCAGCGUCACCUCGUCCGCAUGGGCGAAUUUUUCCCAGUUAACCGGCCUGGUGAAGGAGACGAAGGCUUCGAUGGAGCACGCCCUGAGAACCCAGAGGGCGGAGCCAUCUCGAAGUUUGCGUUCUCAAAUAUGCCUUCUCUGCUCGGAGCCGUCUACCUCUUCUCUGCAAUAUGUUUUAUUCUAUGUCUGCGUGGGCUGAGUACGCCCCAGACAGCCAAGCGUGGCAACAUUCUUGGUCUUGUGGGCAUGGUGGCCGCUGUCGUCGUGACCUUCACGGAGGCAGGAUUCGGACAGCACUACUUGCUGUUUUUCGCCACUGCUGCACCGGCCGUUGGCCUGGGGCUGUACAUUGCGCAGUCUGUCAACAUGACUGAAAUGCCUCAGCUCGUGGCUCUUUUCCACAGUUUCGUCGGUCUUGCCGCCGUGAUGGUAGGCGAAGUUGAUCUCAAAGUGAUUGCAUUCGCCUGCUUCACAUCACAUCACAUCAGUUAUGUGAAUGCUGGCCUGAGCAUGUGGCUUGGUUUUCACCUGGUCGCCGCUAUUGGUGGAGCUGACAUGCCUGUCGUGAUCAGCUUGCUGAACUCGUAUUCCGGAGUGGCGUUGGCUGCCAGUGGCUUCAUGUUGGACAACAACCUGCUGAUCAUUGCUGGUGCUCUCAUCGCGUCAUCUGGUGCCAUUCUGUCUUACAUCAUGUGCAAAGGCAUGAACCGGAGUCUGUGGAAUGUCGUUCUUGGUGGUUUCGAGGAGGCCGAGGAAGUUGGAGCAGCCAGCCCUCAGGGAGCUGUGCAGCAGACCACGCCUGAUCAGGUCGCCGACGAGUUGCUGGCUGCCCGCAAAGUUUUGAUCGUACCUGGAUACGGAAUGGCCGUUGCAAGGUGCCAGAGCGAGCUUGCAGACAUUGCCAAGAACUUGAUGAACUGCGGUAUUACCGUCGAUUUCGGCAUCCACCCAGUUGCUGGUCGCAUGCCAGGCCACAUGAACGUCCUCCUCGCUGAGGCUGAUGUUCCGUACAAGAUUGUCAAGGAGAUGUCUGAAGUCAACCCGGAAAUGAGCUCCUACGACGUCGUCCUCGUUGUUGGAGCCAACGACACCGUCAAUCCUGCAGCCCUUGAGCCAGGAUCAAAGAUAUCAGGAAUGCCCGUUAUAGAGGCCUGGAAAGCUAGACGCGUUUUCGUGCUGAAGCGGUCCAUGGCUGCUGGAUAUGCCAGCAUUGAGAAUCCUCUUUUCCAUCUGGAAAACACACGCAUGCUCUUCGGAAACGCAAAGAACACCACAUCUGCAGUCUUCGCCCGUGUCAAUGCCGUAUGUGCCUCAUUUUUCCCUUUAAAAUUGGCAUUUACAACUGGUGUUUUUCAGAAAGCCGAGCAAAUGCCACCAUCUGCUGCUCGCGAUGACCUCGAGGCUGGACUACUUGAGUUCGAUAGGGAAGAACGUGUUGAUCCCUCUUCUUGGCCAUAUCCCAGGAUGGCUGUUGGCGUUCUGAGAGAUUCCAAUGGCUCUGUGAUGGUGCCAGUAGCUCCGAAGUUUGUGCCUAAGCUGAGGAAGUUGGCAUUCCGUGUCAAUGUCGAGUCUGGUGCUGGCGCCGAUGCCGGCUUUACUGACGAAGAGUACAGGAGGGCUGGAGCAGAAGUCCUGUCGGGCCCCGAUGCAGUCAUUAACCAGUCUCAAGUUCUGCUCCGCGUUUCAGCGCCGUCGCCAGAUCUGGUUUCGCGCAUUCCUAGGGACAAGGUCCUUAUCAGUUAUCUAUUCCCCAGCAUGUCUGCUAUGCAAGGCCUCCAGGGAUACCGCGCCGUUAUCGAAGCCUUCAACGCUCUUCCGAAGCUCAGCAAAGCAUCUAUCAGUGCUGCCGGCCGUGUAGAAGCCGCUAAAGUUUUCGUCAUCGGUGCCGGUGUUGCUGGACUACAGGCAAUUUCUACUGCCCAUGGUUUGGGUGCGCAAGUAUUUGGCCAUGAUGUGCGCUCUGCAACUCGUGAGGAAGUCGAGUCUUGCGGUGGAAAGUUCAUUGGUUUGAGAAUGGGAGAGGAGGGUGAAGUCCUCGGAGGAUACGCACGCGAGAUGGGUGAUGCAUAUCAGAGAGCGCAACGCGAGAUGAUUGCCAACACAAUCAAGCACUGCGAUGUCGUCAUCUGUACCGCUGCUAUUCACGGCAGACCUUCACCAAAGCUCAUAUCACGCGACAUGUUGCGCUCAAUGAAGCCUGGCUCCGUCGUCGUGGAUCUUGCAACAGAGUUCGGUGAUGUGCGCUCCGGCUGGGGUGGAAACGUCGAGGUUUCGCCUAAGGACGACCAGAUUGUCGUUGAUGGCGUCACUGUCAUUGGCCGCAGACGCAUAGAGACCCGCAUGCCUAUUCAGGCGUCUGAGCUGUUCUCCAUGAACAUAUGCAACCUCCUUGAGGAUCUUGGUGGUGGCAGCAACUUCCGCAUCAACAUGGACGACGAAGUCAUCAGAGGAUUGGUCGCAGUCUACCAAGGUCGCAACGUGUGGCAGCCAUCGCAGCCCACUCCUGUUUCCAGGACACCUCCACGCGGCCACGUGCCACCGCCGUCUGCACCUGGUGCACCAGCUCCUGAGAAGCCUGGAGCCUUUGCUCAAGCACUUGCUUCUGAUGCAUUCUUCGCAAUGUGUCUUGUUGUUGCUGCCGCUGUUGUCGGACUCCUUGGCAAAAUCCGCGGCCUUCGUGCAUGCAUGUUCUCUCAGCUUUCGGGAGUCAUUGUCAUUGGCUGCAUGCUUGAGUACGGAACCGCCAUGAUAUCCGGAUUCACUCUUCUCGCCGUCAUUGGAACCUUCUUGGCUUCUGUCAACGUUGCUGGUGGAUUCUUCGUAACUCACCGCAUGCUGAAGAUGUUUCAGAUAUAA